AUGGGGGACCGUGACACAGUUGGUUUGCAACGCAACGACGUAUCGGAUAAUGUGGCCACUUCUCCGACCAUCGCAAAUAUUACUUCAACGGGUUCAGAUCACAGUAAAACGAUUUCAGAAGUAGAUGACCAAGAGAAAAAGAUCAAUUAUGACUCGGAAAAGCAAGUGAUACCAGAAGAAAAGGAAGGUGGCUAUGGAUGGGUAAUAGUGUUUGCUGUGUUUUUAUUAAACUUCGCUACAUGGGGUAUGAACUCGGGAUUUGCCGUUUACUUUUCGUAUUAUCUCAACAACAAUACUUUCGCUGGAGCUUCCAGAAUAGAUUAUAGUGUCAUUGGUGGAUGUGCCUUUGGAGUGGGUCUUUUUUUCGCUCCUAUCAUCAAUUACAUUCAAGGCAUCAUUGGCAUCAAAUGGACUAUUGUAUUGGGAAAUUGCUUACAAUUUACAGCACUUAUGCUUGCAAGUUGGUCCGUUAACUUAUGGCAACUUUAUCUCACACAGGGAGUAAUGCAAAGUUUUGGUUUAGCAUUUAUUUCGUUGCCUGGACUCACCAUUCUUCCCCAAUGGUUUAAGAAAAAGAGAACAUUUGCUGGUGGAUUGGCUACCGCAGGAUCUGGUUGUGGAGGUAUUGUGUUCAAUUUAGGAAUGCAGGCUGUUAUCAGGAGCCGUACCGUAUUCUGGGCAUUGAGAUGCCAAAGUAUAAUUGGGUUUGGUCUCGUAUGGAUCUCUAUUUUAUUGAUCAAAGACAAGCAUAAACAUACCGGUCACAUUCAAUUCACAUUUAUCGACAAACAGGUGCUUAGAACAUUUGGAUUUUAUGUUAUGGCAUUCUUUAUCAUCACUUGUAUGUUUGGAUAUGUGGUGGUGCUCUAUACUUUGGUCAAUUUCACAACGUCUCUUGGUUACAGUGAGCACCAAGGUUCAAUUGUUUCCGCCAUGAUUCAAUUAGGAUCUGUUGUGGGUCGUCCAUUGAUAGGAAUGGUGGCAGACAGAAUUGGACCUAUCACCAUGCUUACGAUCGUGUACUUGAUUUCAGCAAUAUUUACACUUGCAAUGUGGAUUCCUGCCAGAAACUGGGCUACAAUGCUUAUCUACGGUUUGAUCAUGGGAAGCAUCAUGGGGUCUAUUUAUGGUGCUUGUGCUCCCAUGGUGGCCCGAAUUGUGGGAUUGAAAAAGCUCAAUGUUGCAUUCUGUAUGCUUUGGGUAUGUCUUGGAGCAUCAGGACUUGCAUCGCCAGUUAUUGGUGUGGGAUUGGUUACUGGUAGUUCUGAAAUCACUAGUCCUACACAAUAUUUGCAUUGUACUAUUUUCGCAGGUGUUUCAUUCUUUGCCUGCUCCGCAAGUGUCCUUCUCUUGCGAGGCUACGUCAUUGCCAGGGACCGUCUCUCAUCUCAUAUCGACUCAGAUACUGGAGGCCAUCUUGAUGUCAGAGUUCCUCCAAUGCAAGCUCUCAAAUGCAUGUUCAUGUGGCCACAAAGAAGAGCAUGA